UCUUUACAACUACUAGCUAGCUAGAGUCUUGUCUUCAUUUGUGUAUCCAUCACUUCACUUCAGUUGGAGGUUUACAACUUUUAAGGUUCUUCAGUGAGUGAGUGAUCAGUGACUGCAGUCAUGUACACUCACAGCAGUAGUAGUUCAUCACUUCGUUUCCUAGUCCUAGUCCUGAUAAGCUCUUUGAUCUCUUUAGCUCAACCAACUCUUGCUGACCCUUACGAGAGAACACCAAAUGCACAACCGCCAUCAAAAGUCGCGGCUAAAGUAUUUCCACCACAAACUUACAGCUGCAAUGUCGAAGGUACUAACUGUUAUCAGAGAAACAUCGCGUGCCCACAAGAAUGUCCUAUGUUGAAACCAGCUAGUGCUAGAGAUAAAGCUUGUUUCAUCGACUGCAACUCGGUUUCUUGUGAAGCAACAUGCAAGAAUCGCGUGCCAGACUGCACAGGAAUCGGGUCAGCCUGCUACGAUCCGAGGUUUGUUGGAGGCGAUGGCGUCAUGUUUUACUUCCAUGGAAAGACCAACCAAACUUUCAGUUUAGUUUCUGAUACCAAGUUUCAAGUCAAUGCUCGUUUCAUCGGGAGAAGACCACAAGGAAGAAACCGUGAUAACACAUGGAUUCAAGCCCUUGGUUUCAUGUUCGGUACCCAGACAUUCACCUUAGCUGCAAAGAAGGUAGCUCAAUGGGACGACCUUGUUGAUCAGCUUGUUUUCACGUACAAUAACGAACCACUAACCAUUGAAGAAGGUCAUCUCAGUACAUGGGUCGCAUCAGACGGUCAACUAACAGUUGAAAGAACAUCAACCCGCAACCGUGUGUUAGUAAAAUUGCCAGGCAUUACUGAGUUUUACGUAAAUGUAGUUCCUGUCACAAAAGAAGAUGAUCGCAUUCACAACUAUCAGAUACCAUCCGAUGACUGUUUUGCUCAUUUGGAAGUUCAGUUCAAGUUCUUGGAUCUGUCAGAGAGUGUUGAAGGUGUUUUGGGUCAGACUUAUCGACCUGACUUCAUAAACCCCGUUAAGAGAGGUGUUGCAAUGCCGGUAAUGGGUGGAGAAGACAAAUUCAAGACAUCGUCUCUCUUAUCUGCAGAUUGUAGGCGCUGCAUUUUCUCGUCUGAGAAUUCAGAUGAGGAGACCAAUUCUUUGGUUUUGGAUCCAACCAUGACUGUAGAUUGUACUAGCAGAACGAGCAAUGGCUAUGGAGUUGUUUGUCGCCGAUAAGUUUAGAUAGUUAAAGAGAGCAUUCAGCAAAGGCUUUUAGUUUGAAUAAGUUCUAUAUUGAAGUAAAUUAAUCAAAGUUUUAUAUGUAAUAUCAAUCAGUUUUCUUUCACAUACAACCUGUAUUUUUAUUGAUGUUUCCUGGUGUCAAAAGAAAGAUCCUGUUGUGUUUACUUGAAGUUUCGCAAUGAAACUGAAACUGUUUUAAUGCGCA